AGAGCAGGUCCCUACAUGCCAUGCCGACAGCACGGCUGAAGCACUCACAACAGAAUAAUAAGUCCUUACAAAUUUAUCAUGGACGCAAUGAUGACAGAGAAGAAGUCUACUCACAAUGAGGAGAAACCCAGAUUCAUAAUCUCUUAUCAAUCCAGUAUGCAAUGGCAUUAGCAUAGGAUUCCCAACCACUUUUAACAAAAUCUUCCCACCUAUUUUUUCUAGUUUUUGUUAUGAUUUCUUCUUCAUGCUCCUACAAAACCCCCAUCCACAGCCCACUAGAAGAAGCAUGCACAAGCUAAUGCGCAAAAUGACAAUACAGACUCUAAUCCAUCUUCUUCUCCUAGCAUGCCUCCUCCUGCUUCCAGCUUCUCAACACCCUUAUUUCACUGCCAAUGUCCAAGCUCUAGAAUCAGCUCAUUUCAGGCUCAGACGUGGACAACCAAGCUUAAGGUCGCACAAUAGAAAUGCCUUGCCUAGUUGGGUUGAAGGGAAGAAGAUUCAUAAAAGCCCAUCAGGCCCCAACCCGGUGGGGAAUCACCGCCCACCGUCUAAACAAUGAAUAGAUGGAUGCACAUUUUCUGCAUAUUUUGAGAAAAACAAGGUCAGAUAUAUCCAUGUAGCUUGGAAAAGCUGUUCUUUAGGGUGUUGUGCUUGUACAAAAAUGGAAAUUAGUUGGGGAUGUGUAUUUUCAAA